GACCCUCUAUUAUUGUGUCAGUGUUAGUAGACUUUUUAAAGUCCACAGACAACUAGUUUAAUUUUUUAUUUUUUUUGUUAUCUAUAAAAAUUUUACCCAAUUUAAUCAUUAUAAUGGGUAUAAUUUUUCCUUCUGUUCUUAUCUGAUAUCUCCGAUCUUCACCUGCUUAUUUUUUUUAAAAAUGGCUUCCAUAGGUUCUCCAACUCCAGUCUCCAGGUCUGCUCCGGAUUCAGCUCUUACUUGGGACGUUUUCUUGAGCUAUCGUGGUCCAGAUACAGGGCCUAAUUUUACUGGUCAUUUGUACGCUGCACUACAUCGUCAUGGAAUUCAAACAUAUAAGGAUGAUUAUAAGCUACGCAUGGGAGAUGAUAUCUCAGAUGCAUUGAGAGAGGCUAUAGAAGAAUCAAAGAUUUACAUUGUCAUCUUCUCCGAAAAUUAUGCUUCUUCUCCCUGGUGCCUUAAUGAGCUGGUUGAUAUAGUCAAAUUCAAAAGAACUAAACAAAGGUUGAUUCUUCCUGUGUUCUACAAAAUUGAUCCAUCUGUUGUGCGUCAUGUAAGCAAUGGUUUUAAAAAAGCUUUCAAAGUUCAUCAAGAAGGGUACUACAAGAAUCAAAUGCAGCAAGUGGACAACUGGCGUGCUGCACUGAAAGAAGCCGCCAACGUUUCAGGAGAACAUGUUUGUGAAAAGAACAGAGUGGAAGCUGAUGUUAUAGAAAGAAUUGUUGAUGAUAUUUUACCGAGAAUAAAUCCCAAAGGUUUCGAUGAGGAAACUGUUGGCUUGGAAUUUCGCGUCGAGAGCAUAAUAGCAAUGUUGAGCAACCAAGAAGGUGUGACUAAAAUUGGUAUAUAUGGUAUGGGUGGAGUUGGCAAAACAACUCUUGCCAAAGCUGUGUUUACCAAAAUAUGUCUAGGCUUUGAAGGCAGUUGCUUCCUAGCAAACAUAACUGAUUCAGGCUCAGUAAAUGACAUGAAGUUGUUACAACAGCAACUUCUUAAUGACGUUCUUCUCCAAAAUGAGAAGGAUGUUAAUAAUGUUGCUCAAGGAGAAAACUUGAUAAAAGCUAAAUUAAAAAACAAAAAAAUCCUGGUUGUUAUUGAUGAUUUAAAUUACUCUUAUCAAUAUAAAUCUUUGGGAUUAGGGUCGUUUGCUCAUGGGAGUGUUGUCAUCGUGACUACAAGGCACGAAGAUAUACUCGAAGAUCUUGGAGUAAAAACUGAAUAUCGGCACAUGGUAAAUGAGUUGGGUCCUACAGAGUCGCUCAUACUUUUUAAACAGCAUGCAUUUCAACUCGGUUCUAAGCCGGACAGCGCUCUAAUGGAAUUGUCUACAGACAUUCUGUCUUUGGCUGAUGGACUUCCAUUGGCUUUGAAGGUUUUUGGCUCGGUCUUGUAUACGAAACACGAGGUUGAGGAAUGGAGAGAAUUUAUUGAAGAACUGAAAGAAACUCCCAACAAAAAUAUUCAGGAUAGCCUUCUAAUUAGCUACAAGGCUAUGGACGGUGAUCCUCAGCUGAAGAAAAUGUUCCUUGACAUUGCUUGUUUUUUCAUUGGGUGGCAGGAAGAAAGGGUCUCUGAAAUAUUGGAGACUUAUUAUUCCUAUGUGAAUGUGAAAAUGAACAAUUUGAAGAGGAAAUGUUUACUAACAAUCGAUGAUAGAAAUAUUUUGCAUAUGCAUGAUCUUCUUCGGGAUAUGGGAAAGGAAGUUGCACGUAACAAUUCUCCGGGUAAUCCAGAAAAAUAUAGCAGGCUUUGGUUGUCUACAGAUAUUGAACGUGUGUUAACCGAGGAGAACCAGGAAGUAGAGGCAAUUGAAGGUAUUUUCUACGUUAAAGAGGAAGUAGCUGGCUUGCAAAUUGAGGCAAUUGAUGACAUUUUUUUCGGGAAAAGGAAAUUCAUGAGCACCAGCGGGCAAGUACCGUUGACAACAAAAAUAUUUAGAGAAAUGAAAAAUUUAAGAUUUUUUCACCUAGAUGGUUUCGAAACCCCAACGGGAAGCUUUGACAAAACAUUCAGAGAUUUGAGGUGGUUAUGCUGGAAGUCGUGUCCUCUAAAAUAUUUUCCGCCUGAACUCAAACCCGUAAACCUUGGAGUACUAGUAUUGCGUGGCAGCAUCAUGAGAACUCUGAAGCCAAGCAUGGUUUUCCAAAAGUUAAAGAAUCUAGAUAUGGCAUAUUCUUCCUAUUUAAUCACAACUCCAGAUUUUAAUAUGUUACCGUGUUUGGUAACUUUAGAAUUUGGGAUGUGCGUAAACCUGAAGAAGGUACACGAAUCAAUCGGAAGUUUGGCCGGGCUUGUUUACUUAAAUUUGGGAAGUUGUGUGAAGCUAGCAAGUCUUCCUAAAACUAUUUCCAGCUUGAAAACACUGAAGUAUCUGUAUCUUGGCAUGUGCAGAAGUUUGGUAAAAAUUCCUGAAGAUUUGUUUAGGAUGGAAUCCCUGGAAGAGCUCGACAUAAGCGGAGUUAAGAAGCUAAACUAGUGGCAUUGUUACCACGUCUGGUUACAGGGGCUCCAACUCCAACAAAGGCAAGUUGUGUUACAAAACAUGAAGAAUAAGCUGAAGCAACUACAAGAGAUGAGAAAUCAAGAAUUAGAGGAGAGGAGAUGAGAAGCAAAUGGAAGAGAUGAAGAGCCAACUUGCUAUUGUUAUUAGUAAUCGGAAUGCAAAUUAGAUAUUGUGUACGAGACAAGCUAGCUUUUUAUAUGUUAUGUUUGAAUUAUGUGUGACUUAUGAAUUAUAACCUUGGAUGUUGCUUUUAAUUUAUGACCUUUUCUUUUAUCUAAUGAAGUAAUUUAUUUUAUUAA